CUGGUAACUCCAAAUAAGUUGUGGAAGAGGAAGAGGUUCCACAGCAGUACCCUUCCCAGGGGAGAACCAUCACUAGUGUUCAGCUCAGAUUUCUUAGAAAGAGCAGGCAGGUAGGGCUGAUAAAGUGACCAAAAAUAGAAUCUGAAAGACAAAGCUGUCCUCAUUACAGCUGAGAAAGUGCUUUAGAUAAAGUAGCUGUAACCAAGACACUUCUUCAGAAGUUAAUCCUAAGAGAAUGGAAGUGGUUCUGACCAGACUUAGAGAUUUCUCUGUAAAGAAGCUACCUUUAAUGACUGCAAAGCAGCAGUGAUGUUCAGAGAGCAGCCGGCAGCAGAGGACGCAUACAGGACUGCGAGCAUGGACCGUGACCACACUGGACGACUGGACAUUGAGAGUGCUCUGGCCUGGCUGAGACGAGAGCUGAUGGAAAUGCGCUCUCAGGACCAGGCUCUGAUACGGCAGCUGAUGGAUCUCCAUGAGGGCAUCCAGGAGCUGAAGCAGGAGUGUGCUGUGGAUUACGAAGAGGAGCAGGAGCAGGACGUAGAUGAAGAGCCAUGCUGGGACUCAGGGAGUGAGACAGGGGGGAGCAGUGCCUCCUCUUACUCAGGAGAGAUGUGCUUUUAUCCCUCCAUCUACUCUCCCUUCCGCACCAGUCCACUUCCUGUGGGCUGUCUGCCUAAGAGGGCCUUCAGCCGACGCAGCUCAGUACCUUAGAGAGCUGUUACAUCAAAAUUCCUCACCUAUACUGCACCAUUCAAACAUCUGUAGGCUUACUGAUUUAUCACUGCCUGAAUUUGACAGGAAAUCAUAGUACGUUACUGUAUGGGUGAUAUGACUGAUAUGGUUACCUCGAUAAACUACGUCACAAUAAGCCUUACUGAGCAUAAUGUGGGUAUCUUCAGUAUUACCACAACAUGAACCAACUGCAUGUUUUAUUAAAAAGGGUUUGAAAAGUCUCAAGAAAUAUAUUGUAGUUGUUGGAGCAAAACCUUGUAUCUGACUUGAUCAACAUAUGUAAACAUCAAGAAGGUCUAGCUUGAUGUUUAUGUUUUAAAUUCAAAAUCAACAUUAUACUGUUAAAGAUAAUAAAGAUAACAAUAGUAGAUAAUUCACAUCCUUGGAAGGUGUGUCAAGUUUUGCAGUUACCAAGUUUUCUUUGAAUAUUCUUUCAAUGCGCCUGCAAACGUCAGAUUCAGCCACUCGUCGGGGUCCAAAGCACAACCCAUGUUACAAAAU